GAAACAAGUCCUGAUCUCAUCUGUCACAAACAGAUGCUCAUCACACCGGUCAUCUCAACACCACUUCUGUAACAAGGAUGGACCAUGACUGGCAUGGCAGCAGGAGAAGUGGUCACCGCAGCAGACACAAUGAGGAUGAGGAUGAGUCCGUCUAUAUUGGCGUUCCAGUGCCACGGGAAUACAGAAGGAAGCGCAGACAUCACAGACACACGUCACGGCAUUCCCACGAUCGGGACGGCCGGGAGAGACACCAUAACCGCCAUGAACACCAGAAUCAAGAGGAACCAUGUGACCCAGAUGAAGGAGAGCAGGAUUCAAACGAGCUCUCUGACAUCAACUCCACCAUGUCUCCUGCUGCAGAGAGACUACGCCACAUCCUCAGAGAGGAAGAUGAGCCCACACCCACCCUCUUCACUGAGAUGGACACACUGCAGCACGAGGGUGGGGAGAUGGAGUGGAAAGAGUCGGCCAGGUGGGUUAAGUUUGAGGAGAAGGUGGAGGAGGGUGGAGAGAGGUGGAGCAAACCGCAUGUGUCCACGCUGUCUCUGCACAGUCUGUUUGAGCUGCGCACCUGCCUGCAGACGGGCUGCAUCCUGCUGGACCUGGAGGGCUAUUCACUGCCGCAGAUAGUGGAUGACAUCAUUGAAAAGCAGGUGCAGGAGGGUCUUAUAACUCCAGAGAUCCGUGAGAAGAUCAGUUUUGUCCUCUUGCGGAAACACCGACACCAGACCAAGAAGCCAAUCCACCGCUCGUUGGCGGACAUCGGAAAAUCCAGCCCCUCGAACCGCAGUCCGAACCCGAGUCCUCGCUCUGGGUCGGGUUUCCAUCGCUCCACUGAGGACCUGCGAGCUCAUCAGAGCGGCGGCCUCAGCAAACUGCAUCCUUCUCAGUGCCGCAGUAUGAAUGAUAUUUGCGUCACACCCAGCACCGACCAGCUGAAGAAUAAGUUCAUGAAGAAGAUCCCCAGAGAUGCCGAGGCAUCUAAUGUGCUGAUUGGAGAGGUGGAUUUUCUAGACAAGCCAUUUGUGGCCUUCGUACGUCUGGCUCAAGCCGCAACGCUAGGAGGCCUUACUGAAGUCCCUGUGCCAACAAGGUUUCUCUUUGUGCUGCUCGGUCCCAAUGGCAAAACCAAAUCCUACAACGAGAUCGGUCGGGCCAUGGCUACACUCAUGGUUGAUGAUCUGUUCAGCGACGUGGCCUAUAAAGCCAGAGAUCGUGAGGACUUGAUUGCUGGGAUUGAUGAGUUUUUGGAUGAGGUGAUAGUUCUUCCUCCUGGAGAAUGGGACCCCAAGAUCCGCAUCGAACCCCCGAAGAAACUGCCUUCAGCAGAGAUGAGGAAGUCCGUUUUCUCUCUGAAUGAGCUGGGGCAGCCGAAUGGGAACGCAGGAGGAGGUGCAGCGUCUGCAGAAGGCGAGGACCUGCCGGCUCCACAUGAACUUGGAGAGGAGCUGAAAUUCACUGGCCGAUUUUGUGGAGGACUGUGGCUGGACAUCAAGCGUAAAGUGCCCGGGUUUCUCAGUGACUUCUAUGAGGGCUUCCACAUCCAGUCCGUCUCUGCGGUGCUCUUCAUUUACCUGGGCUGCAUCACCAAUGCAAUCACCUUUGGAGGACUGCUGGGGGACGCAACCGACAACUACCAAGGUGUGAUGGAAAGCUUUUUGGGCACGGCUUUGGCCGGCGUGGUCUUCUGCCUCUUCGGUGGUCAACCCCUCAUUAUCCUCAGCUCUACAGGACCGAUACUGAUCUUUGAAAAGCUGCUGUAUGAAUUCAGCAUAAACAAUGACAUAGACUACAUGGAGAUCCGGCUCUGGAUCGGCCUGCACUCCUGCCUCCAGUGUCUGAUCCUGGUGGCCACAGACGCCAGCUACAUCAUCAAGUACAUGACGCGCUUCACCGAGGAGGGCUUCUCCAGCCUCAUCUCCUUCAUCUUCAUCUCUGACGCCCUUAAGAAAAUGAUGAGCAUCUUCAAUUAUUACCCCAUCAAUCGAGACUUCAAGCCAGAUUACAUCACCAGCUACAGGUGUGAGUGCCAGGCUUCUGAUCAAGUGGCUCUCAACGCUUCUUCUCCAUUAGGCCUAGAAAACAUCUCUGAUUACUCAAUGUUCAACUUCUCUGCUCUGGACUGGAAUCAGCUGAGUAAGAAAGAGUGCUUGAGUUUCGGCGGUUCCCUGGUGGGCAAAUCCUGCAAAUACGUCCCUGAUCUGGCCAUGCUGUCUUUCAUUUUGUUCUUCGGCACUUAUUCCAUGACCAUCUCGCUCAAGAAGUUCAAGGCCAGUCGUUACUUCCCCACAAAGGUUGGAAAACUGUAUUUCCCUUGCAUGUCAACACACUGCCACAUGGAGACGGUAUUCCUUAUCCCAGUCCAUAUUGUAUAUAUUGCUGUCCCCCCAACUUCUGGUUGUUUUUUGUUCUUUUUCUCCAAGUGUCGCACCUUGUUAGCGGAUUUUUCCAUAAUUGUAUCCAUCCUGGUCUUCUGCGCUCUGGAUUAUGUGAUGUCCUUGGACACUCCCAAACUGCAUGUACCCACCCAGAUAAAGCCGACGCGGCCGGAUCGAGGCUGGAUCGUUAUGCCUUUUGGGAAGAACCCGUGGUGGAUGUGCUUGGCCAGUUUUGCACCUGCUCUUCUGGUCACCAUCCUCAUCUUCAUGGAUCAGCAGAUCACAGCUGUCAUCGUCAACCGAAAAGAGAACAAACUAAAGAAAGGUUGUGGUUAUCAUCUGGACCUGUUCUGGGUGGGCAUCCUCAUGGCUGUCUGCUCCUUCAUGGGUUUGCCCUGGUACGUAGCAGCCACAGUCAUUUCCAUCGCCCACAUCGACUCUCUGAAGAUGGAGAGUGAGUCCAGCGCUCCUGGCGAGCAGCCACAGUUUCUUGGUGUGCGGGAACAGAGACUCACAGGCAUACUGGUGUUUGUCCUCACUGGGGUCUCUGUCUUCCUUGCACCGGUACUGCAGUACAUCCCUAUGCCUGUGUUGUAUGGUGUUUUCCUGUAUAUGGGCGUCGCUUCUCUCCAUGGCAUUCAGUUUUGGGAGAGGAUGAAGCUGUUCCUCAUGCCAGCCAAGCACCAGCCAGAUUUCGUCUUCCUGCGGCACGUACCCCUGCGGCGCGUGCAUCUCUUCACUCUGGUGCAGAUCACCUGUUUGGCCGUCCUCUGGAUCCUCAAGUCCACUGUGGCCGCCAUAAUUUUCCCUGUCAUGAUUCUGGGCCUGAUGGUCGUGAGGAAGACUCUGGACCUGAUCUUCUCGCAGCAUGAUCUGGCAUGGCUGGAUGACAUCCUGCCCGACAAGGACAAGAAGAAGAAGGAGGAUGAGAAGAAAAAGAAAGAGAAGAAGAAAGCCAAGUCGGAGGAACACAACAACGGCGAUGAAGAGUGUACCUGCAUGCAUAUCAUCUGUUGCAACUGUGUCGUCUUCUCCCAGUCAAAUUGUCUCAAAGACUCCCUCCCGUCAGUGAAGAUUCCUCUGAAGCCAGUGAGUCCGUCAUGUUGUCCAAACCCUCCUAAUUCUGACCCCUCAGCCUAACUGUGAUAUCACCCUUAUUCUUGCGGCCAUGGCGAACUGAACCAGGAUCUGGACAGAUUGACAUCCCUUACAUGAACCUGAAGCAUCCGGCUGAUCAAACACACAAACCACAUUUGUCCUCACGCUUACGAUGAGAUACCACCUGAGUCACAAACACAGCAUCACUGGCGCUUUCCCAAACACACGAGGCUCACAGAUGUAUGAUAUUUUUGUGUACUUUAACCAACGCAGCCAGUGACGCACGUUUCCAAACCCACAUUGACCAUAUUGUGCGUGAGUCAUUCAGACCUUGGAUUUUACUCAAGAUCCUUCAUUUAGAUCUAGCUGAGCUGUGCCAGUGUGAAUGGCUGAGCUCACAACACACAAACACUUGCUGCGUGUUAAGAUCAGCUCAUGAGAUUUUAACUCUAUUCAGAGAAGACCUGGAAAGACUAAAAUAAGAAGCGGAAGAUGUUUAAACUAAGUUUAUGAUUUUAUUAUCAUAUUGUAUAAAUAUAUUUGAACCGUAUGAUAUUAAAUAUGGAUUUCAUAGAAUCUAGUGAGAGACAGUCGCAAAUAAAUUCAAUUAUAGUUAGAAAGACAGUGUAUCUAGUGAAUUCAGUUGGAUUAAAUUGGUUGUAUUUCAAUUAAAACAUAUAUUCCAAACAUAGAUUCUGAGUUCUUAUUGUAGCAUUUUAUAUUUAAAAAUCAGAAAUGUGUAUCUGAGUAAUGCUGAAAUGUUUCCAGACAGUAAUAAAUGAGUCUUUGUGAUCUGUGAGAACAAUGCACAGACUUUGUUUUAUUCAGAUUCUGAUUGUUCACUCGUGUUUUGUUCAAAUAAAGAAUGAAAGAGGGCCGAAUAUAUUUUCAUUGUCAUUUUUGAAUGUCAACCCUU